AAAAUCAAACUUUGUUACUAAUUUGUAUUUGUUAAUGUCGAUAAGGCCGGAGAUUGUUCUUCGUAAUCAUCCAAGCCAUCCAUGGCAUGGACUAGAGCUGAAAAACUACAUGAAACCAUACACUUGCAAUGGGUGCAAGGAAAAAGGGUUCGGCCCACGAUACCGAUGCGAAAGAUGUGAUUUUAACCUUCACCAAGCUUGCAGUUACACUAGUCUUCGACUGAGUUCCCAUGACUACUUCCCGGGCUCCAAGUUUAAGUUCCUUAGAAACCCACCAAAACCGUGCCAUCCAGAAUGUAUAAUAAGGUGCGAUGCUUGUAGAAAGACCAUCAAAGGCUACGUUUUCCAUUGCGAGGAAGAUGACAUAGAUCUCCACCCAUGUUGUCGAAACCUCAAACGAAGUUACCAAAUCGAAGAAGUGAAGUUUAAGCUCCACAGGAAGGUGAGAGGGAAGUGCAUGUGGUGUAAUAGAAAGAACCUUAAGGAUGGUGGUAACAACGACAAUGGGUGGUCUUACGUGUCCGAGUGCGAUAACUACCAUGUUCAUGUCGCUUGUGUUACCGAAAUGGCUUUGGAAGAAUGGUACAACUACAACAACCACAACAACCGGCGCAGUGGUGGCGGGAGCAGUAGUAGCAGCAGCAGCAGCAGCGGCAGUCUUAGAGUGAUGAAGAGUACUACUACUGCACCACAAUCUUUGUCUGUGAAGUUGAAAGUGCAAGAAAUUCAAGCUCGUGGGCGUUGGGAUGGAGGGGCAAAGAACAAGUUUUGGAGAAUCACAAAGUUCAUCAUCAAGACUGUUGUUAGUAUCGUAAUUGGAGACCCGACUAUGAUUAUCGCCUCUUUCUUUGUCGAGCUACUUCCAUGAAAGAAGACUUGCGUGCAUUACUUUUAAUCAUCUGUGCAACUUUUCUUGUCUCGUCUUUGUUUCUUUGGUUCUUCAUUUCCUUUUUUGAUUGUGUGCUUGUAUGAAAGUUAACCUUGUUGAUGUUGGUCGUCAUGCAUGUUAUUACCUUUAUGGAAAAGUAUAUAUAUUUAAGUUUGAAUGCCAUUGAAAUUAUAGUGUUACGAAGAGGAGUUGAUUAUGGUUUUUGAAUAAUUAGACAGUUAUUUGCAAUUUAUUCUUCCA